AUGCAGCAUGAACAAGUAAGAAAUCCUGCAAACUAUGAAAUCAACCAGCUCAACAAGAUGAACACACUUGGGCAAUCGUGGCACACAGCAUAUAAAAAGUCAGGGCUAGUUGCUCAGGGCCUGGUGGGAGAGGUCCCACGUGGGUUCAAGUUCAACGUGAGGAUCGAGAAGGGUUACUUCUGCUCCCGGCCCAUCUACCCGGGUCACGGCAUGAUGUUCGUCCCCAACGGCUGCAAGGUGUUCAGAUUCUGUAAAUCCAAAUGUCAUAAGAACUUUAAAAAGAAGCGUAAUCCCCGCAAGGUCAGGUGGACCAAAGCCUUCCGGAAGGCAGCUGGUAAAGAGCUCACAGUGGACAACUCAUUUGAAUUUGAAAAACAUAGAAAUGAAUCUGUGAAAUACCAGCGAGAGCUUUGGAAUAAAACUAUUGACACAAUGAAGAGAGUUGAAGAAAUCAAGCAGAAACGUCAAGCCAAAUUUGUAAUGAACAGACUGAAGAAGAAUAAGGAACUACAGAAAGUCCAGGACGUCAGGGAAGUCAAGCAGAACAUCCAUCUGAUCUGGGCCCCGCUUGCAGGCAAAGGAAAGCAGCUGGAAGAAAAAAUGGUCCAGCAGUUAGAGCAGGAUGUGGACUUGGAGGAUGUGUCUUAA